AUGGCCGAUGGAUUGAACGAUCAAAGAACUGCUCGGGUAGCAGAUCUUCUCUCCGACUUCCGCACUCUUCAAUACUACAUCGCUGCUGCUCCUACCGACCCGUCAAAUAUGGAUGAUUACUACACUGAAGGAUAUGCCGCUCUGCGUCAAUGCUCCUUAGAUGGCCAGCAUAUCCUAAACUGUGCUGCUGAAACUCGAGUCCCACGAGUUCGCGGUGGCGCAGAUGAGCAAUCUAAAGCGGAAUUGCAACAGGUACUCCUGGAUGCAUUUUCUCGCCGUCACGAGGCUCAAAAGAUCUACCUUCGCCAAGGUGCGGCACAGCGCUGGAUCAGUUACAGAGAUCAAGUGUUACAGGGCCAGAGACCUCAUACCGGGCACACGGAUCAAUUGAACGCAUGCGACGUGCAGCUACGAGCAGAAUUGGUAUCAAUCACAGAUGAGGCCAUCUACUCGGAUCUAAGGUCGUCCGAUUAUGGGAUGGGGCGCUGGACGCAAGAAGAUCCGAGCUUGAGACAUGUACAGAGAUGGAUUAGGGCUAGACGUUAA